ACAACAACAACUAACCACCGUACAGCCUCAUUGUGUGUUUGUUGUAUUUCGUCGUUCGCGUUUGCCAUCCAUCCAUCCAUCGUUUGUAGCCGUCGUCAUCUUUGCUUUAACAGCGGCCAACCUACCAGGCAGCCACCAACACACACGCUCACACACAACACACCACCACCUCCCGAGUGUGCUUUGUGUACACCCAGGGGUCGUUAAACAACAUUCGAAUGUGUUCACAUCGUUGUUGAGUAAAUUUCAUAUUUCAGGAGUCAGUUCAGUCCUGCUGCGCAUCUUGUAACGUUAAGUUUAGUCGAGAGUUGUGUGCUGUGAUCACCGCUUGCCCACAUCAUUGCAUGCUGUGGUUCUCCCAAUACGACGCGUUCUAUUAACUUAGUUAUGAGCGGAUUUAGGCGUGAAAAGCCUCAAAAGCAAAAAUCGGAAUAUAUACACAAAUUGAACGGAUUACAAAAAUAGAUAAUUCAAAAAAAAAAAAACGGUUUAACGCAAAAAAGAAACAAAACAGAAAAAUUAAAACCAAAGUGUUUGGCAAAAUAUUUGAAAACAAAACGCAUAACGCAUGAAUGAAAAGAGAGAAAAAUGUUCUAAGAAAGUUGAGUGAAUUUAUGAAAAUUUUAAUACAAAAAUAUUCAAGAAAAAUAAUACAAAGUGCUUGAAGUGAUAAUUGUAAAAACUUAAACAUAUUUGAAGUUGUUAGGAAAAGCUUCUGGCCCAAAACAUUUCAAAAUGAUGAUGAACGCUUUCAUCGAUCCCACCACCACAAGUCAACAUCAUUUGGCCACCUACGGCAUUCGCAUGUCCCCCACCAAUACAAGCGCACAGCAACAGACAGAUCUGGCCGGCCAUCAGCAAAUGCAACAGCAAUCCUCCGCUCAAGAUGAAGCCACACAACAACAAUUGGAUACCAGCGGUCUAAUGUCUUCGGCCAUGUCUUCGGGCAUUUCCAGUGAUAUGUCCUCCCCCUCCUCCGCCUACCAAAACAGUGGCUAUGGGCCCUUCAACACCCAAUUGGGUUCAUAUUCCUCACGUGAUUUCCUCUUGGGGCGGCGCACUGAACAGGAUUACAUGACUGGGUCCAGUUCGGCCCAGGCCCAAAGUGCUGCUGCCGAUUCCAUGUUGUUCCCCACCUUCCCUGCCUCCCAUGCCAAUCAUCCCGAUUUGACGGGCUCCUUUGGCCAGCAUCCCUUUCACACACAUCACCAUGCCGCUGCGGCCCAUCACCAUCAUUCGCAUCAAAUGCGCAUGGGCAUGGCCGACUAUGCCACCCAUCCCUAUGCCCAUGCGCAACAUCACACCAACUUCCCGUCGGUGCAUGCCCACCACCAACACAUGGGCAUGCAUCCCGCCGGUGCGGGGGCCUUUUUGCGCUACAUGCGCCACCAGCCACCCACCUCGGCCUCGGCCAUUAAACAGGAAAUGCAAUGCCUUUGGAUAGAUCCCGAUCAGCCGGGCCAGCCCAAUAAUCGCAAGACCUGCAAUAAGAUUUUCCACUCCAUGCAUGAGAUUGUCACCCAUUUGACGGUGGAGCAUGUGGGUGGACCCGAGUGUACCACUCAUGUCUGUUACUGGAUCGGUUGUUCGCGCAACGGUCGCCCCUUCAAGGCCAAAUACAAGUUGGUCAAUCACAUUCGUGUACACACCGGGGAAAAACCAUUUGCCUGCCCACAUCCGGGUUGCGGAAAAGUUUUUGCACGCAGUGAAAAUUUGAAAAUUCACAAACGAACCCACACAGGUGAAAAACCUUUCAAAUGUGAACAUGAGGGCUGUGAUCGUCGCUUUGCCAAUUCCUCGGAUCGUAAAAAGCAUUCGCAUGUCCAUACAUCGGAUAAACCCUAUAAUUGUCGCAUUAAUGGCUGUGAUAAAUCCUAUACUCAUCCCUCGUCACUGCGCAAGCAUAUGAAGGUUCAUGGUAACAUUGAUGAGAAAUCACCUUCACAUGGCUAUGACAGUGAUGGCGAGGAAUCCUCCUCCUCCAGCAUAGUGACAGGCGGAGCCCAGACCCCACCAUCGGCACGCCUCACCGGCGAUGGUUCAGCAUCAGGCAAUGGCAGCAUUAACAAAUCCUCACCACACUCUAUCAAAUCGGAACCGGGACAAAAUACAGGCAUGCAUAGUGUUCAUUUAGGAGCCUCAUCCAGCGGCAGCAGUAGCACCAAUAGCAGCUCCCAUCACAAUCAGCCACACGGCAGCCAUCAGCAUCACAGCAAUGGCAGUAGCCAACAAGCGCAGCAACAUCAAUCGCAUCAUCAUCAUCAUCACCAUCUCAAUCAUCAUCAGAGUGCUGCCACGACCAAAUCUCCUGCUUUGCAAUUAAUGGCCGCCGCCUCGUCGGCCUAUCUGCCACCACCAUUGGGACCACCACCCUCUUUGACGGCGGCCAGCGGUUCACAUCAUCACUCGCAUCAUCAUCAUCACCAAGGCAUGUCGGCCACCUCUCCAUCGUCGACGAGUAGCGGCAAUGCUGCGGCAGCCUCAGCCGCCUCCAUGUUGGCUGUUAGUGGCCACCAUCAUCCCAAUCAUCAUUUGUUGUAUCAUCCAGCCGCUCAACAUCAUGCGCCCACCGAUUGGUAUCAUGCAGCCGCCCCUGCAGCGGGAGCGGAUGCCAUGAAUCCCUUGAAUCAUUUUGGGCAUCAUCAUCAUCACCAUCAUUUAAUGCAUCCGGGAGCAGCAACUGCGUAUUGAGCGCCUCAGACAGUUCAAUUGCUGUAGAGUUUUUGUUUUUCUAGGAAAAUUUUUUUAUAAUUUUCACUCAAAACUACAAUUUUUGUAGGGAAGUGUCCUCCAUCAGUCAGAGUGUGCGCCUCCACAAUAGUGAGGCAGCAGUUAUGAGCAUCUCAGAGAGGCUCACAUCAUAGACAAUGGCUUAAAAGCAGGUAGUCUGCCAUUUCUCAAUCUCCCUGGGUAGUAUUUUGAAGAGAUUGAUUUGGAGGAGAUAAAAAAAAGCUUUGGGCUGAUUUAGAGCUGUCCCUGUAAAUUUGAAAGAAUAUCUCAGUUUCCCCACUGUCUUUCUUUCAAAAGCCAAACCGCCUGUAAGCAGUUUUGGAAUCUUACUCUUCUUAUUUCUCCUUAGACUGCCUACUCCCUCUCUCUCUUUUGAGCUUCUUUAUGUUUAAAACACCGAUAAAACUGAAUCCUAUUACGUUUUACAAUUGCAAUUGUAAAUUAAAGCCAAAUAUUUCCUCAAAAACACACACAACACAAAUUUAUUAUUAUUAUAAUAAUUAUAACGAAAAAAAAGAAGAAUUACAAUUUAAAAAAUUAUAAAAAAUCACACCCUUAAUUAAAUACCUGAGCAUUGAAAAUACUACAAAUAAUUAAAAAACCUAAAUAAAUAUUAAUAAAAUUAAGUUUUGUAAAUAGGGCAUACGAGUUGUGCCAAGCUUAAACCAAGAAACAAAAGAAGGUGAAUUAAAUUUUACUCAUUGUUUUCUCAAUUUAUUUUGUAGAUAAUCAGUUUAAGAAUAAAUAAAAAAAAAUUAACUCAUGAUAAGUUUCCACCCACCCUUUCUAUUUCUCUCUCACUUACUCUUGCUACCCCUGAAAAAAAUCUGUUUAGUUGUAUACGCAAGCAUUUAGACUAGAGUUCGAUUGUUUUAGCUUCUAAGCCUUUUGAAUUUGUAUAAAGAAUAAAAAAAAACACAAACAACAAAUAAUUAAAUAAUAAAAAUUAAAACAAGCUUAUUAGUACAAAAAAAAAACAAAACGAAAAAACCACAAACAUUUCUUUAUUUCUUAAAUAAAUAAAAAAAACAAAAUUAAGAGCCACAAUAAACUCUUUGGAAAAAAAACAAACUCACACACACAGGAACUAAAAAAUACGUAAUUAUUUUGGCCUUAGUUUUAACUGUUGGUUA